AACAGGUGCAAAGACACACAGACAAACAACCGAACAGAACACAAAACCAAAAGAUAAAAUGGCUUCAACAUCAACACUCCUAAUGAAAACAGUCUUCAUCGUACUCAUCCUUGUCUCUUUCACAAUCUCUCCGGCAACUUCAACGGUGCCUGAAGAAUGCGCAAGCGAGUCAGCGAACCCUUGCGUCAACAAAGCUAAAGCUUUGCCUCUCAAAAUCAUAGCAAUUACUACAAUCCUAGUCGCAAGCAUGAUUGGUGUUGGAGCUCCUCUCUUUAGCCGUUCCGUGCCGUUCCUGCGACCCGAUGGAGACAUUUUCACCGUGGUUAAGUGUUUUGCCUCGGGAAUUAUCCUCGGAACCGGUUUUAUGCACGUUUUGCCUGAUUCUUUUGACAUGUUGUCAUCCAAAUGUCUUGAAGAGAACCCGUGGCACAAGUUUCCCUUCACGGGGUUUCUCGCUAUGUUGUCCGGUCUAAUUACUCUAGCCAUCGAUUCCAUGGCUACGAGCCUCUAUACUAGCAAGAACGCAGUUGGGAUCUUGCCACGUGGUCAUGGUCAUGGUCAUGGCCCCGCAAAUGAUGUUACCUUUCCGACAAAAGAUAAUGAUUCCGAGACUGCACAACUCUUGCGAUAUCGAGUCAUUGCUAUGGUGUUGGAGCUCGGAAUCAUAGUUCACUCGGUGGUCAUUGGACUGUCUCUAGGAGCAACUAAUGAUACUUGCACCAUCAAAGGACUCAUCGCAGCUCUUUGCUUCCAUCAAAUGUUCGAAGGCAUGGGUCUUGGUGGUUGCAUUCUCCAGGCUGAGUAUACGAACUUGAAAAAGUUUGUUAUGGCAUUCUUUUUCGCGGUGACAACGCCAUUCGGUAUAGCGUUAGGAAUCGCAUUAUCAACCGUUUACAGAGAAAACAGUCCCAAUGCAUUGAUCACCGUUGGACUUCUCAAUGCAUGCUCGGCCGGAUUACUAAUCUACAUGGCGCUUGUCGAUCUUCUAGCAGCCGAGUUCAUGGGGCCACAGCUUCAAGGUAGCAUCAAAAUGCAGUUCAAAUGUUUCGCAGCCGCUCUUCUCGGCUGUGGUGGAAUGUCGAUUCUUGCCAAAUGGGCCUAACUAAUAACCGCCAGAUGCUGCGGCAUGUGGAGUUGGCUUUAGGUUUGAGUCUCGAUUCUAUAUCGGUUUUGCUUCCUUACAAUGCACUUACGUGGUACUAUCUACCACAUUUGGAAGAACAUGUAUGUUGGUAGAUAUUUAAUAAUGUGAUUGGUCCCACGAGUCCCUAGUCUUUUUAAUGUUUUUAUUUUCUUGUGGUUUAACUUUGUCGUGUGAUGUUUUGGCAUGUUGUAUAAUACUAAUAAAACGUUUGUUUCUUUUACAUGAUUAGAAAUUGAACUAUAACUAACUAAUUACGGCUCUGUAAUCUAAAUCCGGUAAAGCUACAACCUACAGGCCAAUAACUGAAACAGUAUCUCAGUCUAUAGAAUUAGGCCAGUACAUAGGCAUAAUCUAUAAAAUUAGGCCAGUACAUAGGCCUAGUCUAUAGAAUUAGGCCAUUAUUUAGGCCCAUCGUCAAUUUACCUGCAUAACAAACUGAUUCAAUUGUAUCUACAAGGUCUAAGAUCAGCUCUAUGCAGGGGCGGCUCAUGUGGAGAGGUGGUAGGAGAAAAAAGCAAGCUCAGCAAAUGUCGUAAGACUCAUAACGGUCUUUGAAAGCUUCUGGUUUAACUUGAAAAUCCAUGUCCAAUUGUAGAUUUUUUUGCUUGGAAGAAGUUGGCCUGAUAAUACUAGCAGCCCAUUUAAGACGAUAGGCAAAUGAUAGUGUUAAAUCAAAAACACAGAUACAUUGGUUAAACUGAAAUAUUUAAUUUUGUUGUUAUAUCGACAAAAUUUAUUGUAUUUAUUGUCCAUUUGAAGACACAUUUUCACUUCCUAAUAUCAUUAAAAGACACAUCCUACUUGUACCACACAUUUAUUGUGUUUAUUGUCCACUUCACCCCUUAAACAAGAUUCUCUCUUUCUUUCUUGUUUGGACAAACAUUCUCUCUCUCGUUAGUUAUUUUUUCCUACCAAAACUUUCUCUUUACUCUCUCUCUCUGCUUACUUAUUCUUGGAUAUUUCUUUGUUAUUAAUAGUGAUUGUUGCAAAAUCUUUGAGACUCUUUUUUUUUUGAGAAAACGUCUCAUCUUCUUGAUUCUUCUAUUUCAUUUUUCUUAAUCAUAUUUCUCUGACAUUUUAUUAUCACUGAUUUGUUCCACGAGUCAUUUACCUGAGUCGCCGAUUCGUUCGCCUACCAGAGUCGAUGCCAUGUUCGACCCCAAGAAAUGAGAAACUCAAUUGGAUAUUCUUCUCUGAGUCUGUCUCCAGCUCGUCUUAAACCUCCCCAAAGUCUCUCAGCUGAUAUUGAUCCGAAGAUGAAGCAAAGUUUUAUGAUGUUUGUAGUAGUCGGAGAUUUAGUCAUUGUAGCAUCCUUAUGAUGUUGCUGGAUAUUGUUGUAUAAAUCGUGUCUUUGACCAACUUUAGUCGAGACGUUAUAUUAUUCGUUUUGCUUGGUGUUUGUAGGGAUACAUAAUAAAAAAUAAUAAUUUGUUUGA